UACAAUUCCACCCUAAUCCUCUUUAAUGUAAAAUUACAAUCACAAAAUGGAAGACAACCACAGAAUACUGGGAAUCAUGGCCUAACCAAGUUAAUACACACAUGAAUUUUGGGGGGACAUAAUUCAAUCCAUGACAAUCAAUAAGGAAUAAAAAACAGCCAGUAGAGAAGGACAUUUAAAGGGAUUCAAAUCUAACUAACAAGUAAAGAAAGGCACAAGAUAGUAUUUUUUCCUAUCAGAUUAAUGGAUAGUAAAAUUAACUGACAAAAGCCAAACUAGAUUGGGGUAUGGAGAAAUAGACCUGUUUUUAUGAUGUUGAUGGAAGACUAACUUGGCACUGCAUUUCUGGAGGGAAGUUUAACAAUGUAUUUCACCAUAUCAAAUAUAACCCAACAACCCUACUUUUAGGAAUUUUUGCAAAAAGAUCAAGAAGAGUAAGGAAUUGAUGAAACAGCUGCCUCCGGUGGUGGCUUUAAGUUUACUUUCUUUCUCUCUCUCUGUGUUUCACCCUUGAGUAUUAUUUUGGACUUACAGAUUUGGAUAUAAUGAUGGCUAUGUUUUAGAUCAGGAGCCCCUGGGUACCUCCAAUGGGUAAGCACUGGGCUACUAACUGAAAAAUUGGAGGUUUGAACCCACCCAGGGACACCUCAGAAGGCCUGAGAUCUACUGCAAAAAUGUUACAGCCACUGAAAACCCUGUGGAGCCCAGUUCUACUCUGAAACACAUGGGGUUUGAGGUCGCAAUGAGUCGGAAUCGUGUCGACAGCAGCUGGUUUGGUUUGAGUUUAUUUUUACAUUAUCGGCAUUUCAGAACCUUCAUUCAAGAAAAAAAUUUAAGUUUUUAAAACUUUUAGAAAAGGAGCUGUUUGGUAUUUAAUUUUAUUUUAAUAUCUAGAUUUCCCUUUUUGUUACAGAAAAUUGGAAGAGUUUUUGAAUUUCAAAAAUCUUCAAACUUGUUUAAAGGAAGCUAUUCUACUGGAUUAUUAUGUAUCUGGAUUUUUGUGGGCUAAAGGAAUGAACUUUUCUGUUAUUCAGUACUCAAAAUUUAUGACUUUGCUAGAUAUGUUACUUCAUAAUCUUAAAACACUACAUAUGUCCUUAGAAGAUAGCAUAAAAUGGCUGGGAGAAGUUAUGGCUGAAAUUGGACCACCCCAUUUAGGAAAAAAUCAAGAAUGGAAUAUCUUUGAUGUAACACAAGCCAAUGCUGUCAUUGAUUACUUAAAAAUCAGCUUAUUUCAACACUACAAGCUAUAUGAAUAUCUGUUCUAUUCCACCAGGGAAGACAUUGUGAUAGGAACGAAGCAAGUGAUAGAGGUGGUAAAGCCUGCAGAUACCCCUUUCCCAGGUCCGCUAGAAGAAGGAAUCUCAUUUGAUGUAUACUCAACAAUCAUUGAGGCAUCCCCAACAUCAGCUACAGAAAUGAAGAGGUUGGAUGGAGAACAAGGCCCUGAGGAGACCCAGCCAGAAACUGAUGCAUUAGACACAGAUCCUUUAGCCUGUUUCACCAUUGAAGAUAUAAAAUCAGUUCUGGGUCAAGUCACAGAUGAUAUUCUACUCAGCAUUCAGACCGAGAUAAACGAAAAGCUGCAAAUACAGGAAGAGGCCUUUAAUGCACGAAUAGAAAAAUUGAAAAAGGCCUGAGGACUCGGUGCAAGGAGAGUGACGCUAAACUUCACAGAAACAAACAAAACCAGCCGGAAUAAUAGACUCCGUGUAGCAGCGUAUCUCCUUCGUUUAGUUGUGAGAGGAAAACCAUGCCCGGCUUCUAUUAUCCUAAGUAAUUAGAAAGGUAUUGGCCCCAAUUUUGCUAUCUCCCAACCCAUAACAGCCUCUGAAUUUAUUGCACUGAGUGUAAUAAGAACAUUUUGUAUAAAAGAGUUUGGAGAAUUAUAUAUAAAAAUACAAUUACUUUUACGAUUGGCCUUUCACAUUUUGACGAAUAAACGCUAUUCAUCCUCAAGGAGAAUGAAGUCAACUUUUUUAAACAACCAGAAAUAAAGAAAAAUAAUAAUAAUUGUAUCCACAUUGACCCAAAUGAAGAGCCACAUCACUGGAGCACCGUGGAAAGGUACCAGUACCACAGUACACAAGGGUAAAACU